CAAAAAAAUGUCUGAAAAGCACAGUCUUCUGCAAGUGACUCCAAAUCGUGAACUCGUGUUCACUGGCCCAUUCAGUGAUGUUGUCACAUCACACAUGACUCUCAAGAACACAUCAACCAAUCCAGUGUGCUUCAAAGUGAAAACAACGGCUCCAAAGCAAUAUUGUGUUCGUCCAAAUUCUGGCCUCCUGAAAUCUGGUGACUCGAAACAAAUCACAGUAAUGCUUCAACCUCUGGAAGGAAUUCCAUCUGAUGCAGGACGACAUAAGUUUAUGGUUCAAUCGUGUGUGGCGCCUUCGGAAGAUCUGCCAGAUUUGGAAUCGGUCUGGAAAAUAAUCGAUCCAGCGGAGCUGACCUACAGCAAGCUUAUGGUCACCUUCGUUGACAAGAGAGAUCCAGCGUCUGGAGAUGAUACAAAAACCUUUGCGGUUAGGAACGAGGAUAGUUUUGCUUCUUCUGGACAGGCACAAGAGCUCGGAAGUUCGUACUCUGGAACACCAUCGCAUGAUGGAACCGUUAACUCCCUUCGCAAAUCGUUGAAAUCGACAGUUGACGAGAAAGAAGAAUUGCAAAAGAAAGUACAUGGAUUGGAACAAGAAAUCGAAGUCAUGCUCAAGAAGAACCGCAAGCUUCAACAAUCGCAUUCUGAUGGAGCUCUUGUCGACGGUGCAUACCCAACAUUGCAAAUUUUCCUUAUUGCGGUUGCCGCUUUGCUCAUCGGGCUUAUUGUUGGCCGUCUUUUCUAAAUUCUGAAUCAAUUCUUCCUUCAUUUUCACUUUUAAGUAACUAGUGGUACUAUCAUUCACGUGCUUUUUUGCUGCCACAAACAUUAAAACACACAAGCAUUGCUCCAUUCGGAUUUUCAUCAAAUUUAACCUUCAAAUCCUAAAUUUUCUAACUUUUUCUCUGCCAAGGGCGAAAUUCUGAAUAUUUCAAAAAUCAAAAUGUUAUUUUCUGCAAUGUAAAUUGACAUAUUUAACUUUUCGGUUUUUUGAAAUUUUGAAUACUUGCCUCUUUAGUGAACGCAGCGCGCAAAAAUUUCAAACUUUUUCUCAAACUACUUUCACUUCUUUCCUUUGUUUAUUCGUUUUCCGUUUUUCCCGGCGUCUUCUAGACCAUCAUAGAUCCGUCUAGUGACUGCCUAUCAUCAUACCCGGUAGCCAUUAUCAAGAAUUUUAUUUAUUUAUUUUCCAUUCUAUGGUUCCCCGUUCCCCCAACCUUUUCUCAUUUAUUUUAUGUGUACAACCAUUGAUUGAUAUAGGACUCCAUGGAUUUUAAGAAAGCCCCAUGCUCUUUGAAACAACCAAUUUAAGUCACAUGAUUUGUAUAUGGUACAAUAAAAUUUGAUGUUUAUG